GUGAUAUUGUGAAGUAGUGAGUGUGAAUAACUGAAUUCUGAAGUAGCGAUGUGGUAGGAAUAGUGCUUAAUGGAACUAGUGGGAGAAGUAAAUUAAGUGUUUAAUAAAUAAUAAUUAUCAUUUUCUAAAUAGUAAAUAGUAAAUACUAUAAAAAUAAAUACCAAUAAUUCCAUAGAAAAACGUGUUGAGGCUUAUAUCUAUUCCGGACACCGUAUUAUUCCGUCAGCAAUGAUUGUUAUUUGUUAAUGGUUAAUUAAUUAAUUUUCUCUUUUAACUAUGGUCUGCUGUAUAUCUGUAUCUCACUCUCAACGUAAUGUAAUAAAUCGCACUAAAAACAUGUUAUUUUGUGUUGUGUUUUCUUGAAAUUUUUUUGCUGCCUAAAUGUCAAAAUGUCUACAAUAAAUAUCUCCAAUUAUUGGAUUCAUUGAUUAGGUUCAUUUUACUGCUUGAUUUGUAGGUAGUAUUUUCCGAGAUAUGCCUCCCCAAACACUUAAAAGACCUACAGAAGAUGUUUAUAAUAGUGAUGAUGAAUAUGACAUGGGUGAUACAUGGGUUAACAAAAAAAAGUCAAGAUAUUUGUAUACAUACAAAUUAAAAUCACCUGAUGAUUUAUUUGAAAAUAUAAAUGAUUCAGAUCAAUCUGAAAGUAUUGAUAGUACCCAAUCCAAAGCUACAAUCGAAGUAGGAGAUAUUCUUGAUUUUUCAUCUGUAACAAGUUGUCCAAGUGAUUGUGAUUGUGAUAGUCAAAAUUCUAGUCAAAGUGAUAGCGACUAUAAAAGUUCAAGUCAAUCAGAAAGUGAGGUAAUUUCAAAAAACGAUAUCUUUCUUGAGGAUGGUUAUGUCCCUGAAGAUACAGAUUUACAAAUAUUUAUUUCAGAGUCAAAUUUCAAGUUUCCAGUAAUUUUUAAAAAUUGCUGUAAAUGCCAAAAACCAAAUUCCAACCAUUAUUUUCAAUAUUGUAAUCAGUGUUUUAAACAUCGGAUGCAAUUAAUUGAGAGUACAUCAAAUCCAAAACCAAAGAGCAUCAAACGUUUAUAUAACAUGCCCAAUCGCACAGAAGAAAAUUAUUUACCUAAAGAUUCUCAAGAAUCAUCUUCGACCUCAAAUUCUCAAGAAUCAUUGAAUUCUUUAGGUAUAUCUGGCUUAUGUUUGUCUCAAGACAAUACACUUGAUAAUACAUUUGAAAACACUACAAAUUCUUGUAAUGUUUGUUUUUUGAAACCUAAAAAUGGUAUUUUUAACCACGGAAAAACGGCACAUGUAUAUUGUUGCUAUACAUGUGCCAAACAUAUAUGGAGUAGGUCGGGCAAAUGUCCUAUUUGCAACUUGAAAAUUAGAUAUGUUACAAAAGCAGUCCGUGUUUAAUGUUAUUUUAGUUUAAUUUUAUCACCUAUGUUUAUUUUUAUAAAUGUA